UGUUUACUAGCAGUUGCAUCAGCGCUCAGCAUUGGUUGGGUUGCCGGUGGAGGCACAUGUCCGUGUAUUUGUUGCUCAGACAGCUGCGCUGGGUAUUAUCUUGAGAUUCACAGGAAACGUAUAAAGUUGGACACCAACGGAAAAUGAAUUUGUUCGUUAGCGAAGGUAAUCCGCAUUGUGUGAAGGUCCUAGCGGCGGUGGAACUCACUGGAGUAAAAUGUGACAUCAGUCAUGUGAAUCACGAAGAGAGGGUGGUGCCCUACCUGAGCCGGCCCACACUCCCAGCCCUGGCGCUGCCCUCUGGACUGCAUCUCUUCUCCCCCAACGCCAUUUGCCGGUUCCUCUUUGAGGCCAGUGGGCGGGAGGCCAGCAGCCUGACCAAUCAGUGGCUGGAAUGGGAGGCGACUGAUCUUCAGCCUGCUCUGGCCCAGGCGCUCCACCUGUCUGCCCUGCAGGGGAAGCGGACGGAGGCUGCCACCGCCCUGCAGGCCCCCCUCAGCGUCCUGGAGCAGGGCCUACGCAAGAGAGCCACGCCCUUCCUCUCCGGGGAGGAGGUGUCAGUUGCAGAUAUCGUCCUCUGGGGGGCGCUCUACCCUGUCCUGUCUGACUCCAGCUUCAUGACAGGUGAGCUGGCGCAGGUGGGCGGGUGGUUCCAGCGCGUGGCCCUGCUGCCGGCCUGUCAGUCAGCAGUGAGGGCGGUGCUUACGGGGAAAGGGGCGGAGUCGCAGCUGAAAGCAUAUUUACAGAAACAACCCGCCCUGCACGCUCAACGGAGAGAGGCACAGCCCUGCAACCAACCCGAGGCUGAGGACACAGAGGUCGUGGUCACUGAGGAGGAGAUGCAGGCUGCCGCCCAAACCUGGAACCUGGGACUGAAGGACUGCCCCGCCCCCAUCAGCAGAGAACACCCUAUUCUGCCGCAGGACGGCAAGCGGAACAUUCUGCUGACCAGCGCCCUGCCGUACGUCAAUAACGUCCCUCACCUGGGUAACAUCAUCGGCUGCGUGCUCAGCGCCGACGUCUUCGCCAGGUACGGGCGCCUGCGGGGGUGGAACGUGCUGUUCGUCUGCGGGACGGAUGAGUACGGCACGGCCACGGAGAACAAGGCGCGGGAGGAGGGGCUGACCCCGCAGCAGAUCUGCGACAAGUACCACGCCGUCCACACCGCCAUCUACCGCUGGUUCCACAUCGACUUCGACUACUUCGGCCGGACCACCACCCCCCACCAGACAGAGAUAGCGCAGGACAUUUUCUGGCGUCUGCACGAGCGCGGCUUCCUAUUGGAGGACACGGUGGAGCAGCUGCGGUGCGAGGGGUGCCAGCGCUUCCUGGCCGACCGCUUCGUGGAGGGGGUGUGCCCCCACUGCCGCUACGCCGAGGCCCGCGGCGACCAGUGCGACAAGUGCGGCCGCCUCAUCAACGCCGUGGAGCUCAAGGACCCCCAGUGCAAGGUGUGCAGACAGACUCCAGUAAUCCAGUCUUCCAAGCACCUGUUUCUGGACCUGCCUAAGCUGGAGGGCCAGCUGGAGGAGUGGCUGGAGCGGUCCUUCAGUUCGGGCGACUGGACGGCUAACGCUCGGCAGAUCACGCGCUCCUGGAUCCGGGACGGCCUCAAACCGCGCUGCAUCACCAGGGACCUCCAGUGGGGCACCCCUGUCCCGCACCCCGACUUCUCUGAGAAGGUGUUCUACGUGUGGUUCGAUGCCCCGAUUGGUUACCUCUCCAUCACUGCUAACUACACCAGCCAAUGGGAGAAGUGGUGGAAGAACCCAGAUCAGGUCGAGCUGUAUAACUUCAUGGCGAAGGACAACGUGCCGUUCCACAGCGUGGUGUUCCCCUGCUCGCUCCUGGGCGCUCAGGACAACUACACGCUCGUCAACCACCUCAUCGCCACCGAGUACCUCAACUACGAGGACACCAAGUUCUCCAAGAGCCGCGGCGUGGGCGUGUUCGGGGACAUGGCCAAGGACACGGGGAUCCCCGCCGACGUCUGGCGCUUCUACCUGCUGUACCUGCGGCCCGAGGGCCAGGACUCGGCCUUCUCCUGGGCCGACAUGGCGCUGAAGAACAACUCGGAGCUACUCAACAACCUGGGCAACUUCAUCAACAGGGCAGGGAUGUUUGUGACCAGGUUCUUUGAGGGCUCGGUUCCGCAGAUGGAGCUCCUGCAGGAGGACCUUAAACUCCUGGCACAGGUGGGCUGGGAGCUGCGGCAGUACAUACAGCUGCUGGACAAAGUCAGAAUCCGGGACGCUCUGAAGUGCAUCCUCAACAUCUCUCGCCAUGGAAACCAGUACAUCCAGGUCAAUGAGCCCUGGAAGAAGAUCAAAGGAGGGGACCAGGAGAGGCAGCGCGCUGGCACGGUGACGGGCGUGGCGGUGAACGUGGCCUGCCUGCUCUCCGCCCUGCUCCACCCCUACAUGCCCACGGUCGGCGCCGCCAUCCGCGACCAGCUGCGGGCUCCGCCCACCUGCAUGGAGGCCGCGCUCCAGGGCGCGGGCAGCUUCGUCUGCGUCCUGCCCGCCGGGCAUCGCAUCGGCACGGUCAGUCCGUUGUUCCAGAAGCUGGAGGCCGAUCAGAUUGAGGCAUUGAAGAAGAGGUUCGGGGGUCAGCAGCCUAAAGCACCCUCAGAAGCCACGCCCAGUCCAGCGGUUGCCCCCGCCCCAGCCCCCGCCCCCUCUGCCCAGCCGUGUGCAGACCCAGAGAGAGCCCAGCAGCUGGCCCGGGAGGUGGCAGAGCAGGGCGAGCGGGUGCGGACGCUGAAGGCCCAGAAGGCAGAGAAGGCGGCCAUCACGGCGGAGGUGUCCCGGCUCCUGGAGCUGAAGAAGCAGCUGGCGCUGGCAGAGGGGCGGGACCCCGACCCCACACCCCAGAAAGGGAAGAAGAAGUAAUGAGGGAUGACUGAGGAACAGAAGGAGGAGGGGAAAGAAGUAACAAGGGAUGGGCGGAGAAGGAGAAGGAAGAGGGGAAAGAAGUAACAAGGGAUGGACGGAGAAGGAGGAGAGAAAAGUAACGAGGGAUGACUGAGGAGAAGGAAGAAGUAACGAGGGGUGGAUAGAGGAGGAGAGGAAUGGUUGGGUCGGCGACAAAAACGAGGGGGGGUGAGAGCAUCGCUCAAUAGGGAACAAGAUUUAAAGGCACGGCGACCAAUUCCUUUAACCAGCAAAUCAGGGGUGAUGUCUGUGGCAAGGGGUGGAGCAGAUGAACAGUGCCAGCGUAGCUCCGCCCAUCUCAGGUGUCCUGUGGCGGUGCCUCAGUAACGGGGUUCAUCCUCAUCAGUAAAGGUGGGGCUGCCCAACCCUGCUCCUGGAGAUCUACCAUCCUGGAGGUUUACACUCCAACCCUAACAAAGCCACACCUCAUUCAACAGCUAGAGCAGAUCUGCCCAA